UGACCCUCAGCCCCCGGCUUGACGGCAGUCAGUCGGUCAGUGCGGAGCACGGCGUGAGCGCCCCAGGACGAGAGCCGGUGUCCCCCCCUUCUUGUUGAUCUCUUUUCAGCGGCCACCAUGACGACGCUCGAGAGCCACAUGACGUACACCAUCCACCACGAGCAGACCUACAUGACCCAGGAGGAUGACUGGGACCGCGACCUGCUGCUCGACCCUGCCUGGGAGAAGCAGCAGAGGAAGACUUUCACAGCCUGGUGUAACUCGCACCUGAGGAAAGCCGGCACGCAGAUCGAGAACAUUGAGGAGGAUUUCAGGAAUGGCCUCAAGUUGAUGUUGCUUCUGGAGGUCAUAUCAGGCGAGAGGCUCCCCAAGCCAGACAAGGGAAAGAUGCGCUUCCACAAGAUCGCCAACGUCAACAAAGCUCUGGACUUCAUCUGCAGCAAGGGCGUGAAGCUGGUGUCCAUCGGCGCCGAGGAAAUCGUCGACGGCAAUGUGAAGAUGACCUUGGGAAUGAUCUGGACCAUCAUCUUGCGCUUCGCUAUCCAGGACAUCUCUGUCGAAGAGACGUCCGCCAAGGAGGGUCUGCUGCUGUGGUGCCAGAGGAAGACCGCUCCCUACAGGAACGUCAACGUGCAGAACUUCCACAUCAGUUGGAAGGACGGCCUGGCCCUGUGCGCCCUCAUCCACAGACACAGACCCGACCUCAUCGACUACUCCAAACUGAGAAAGGACGAUCCAAUCGGCAACCUGAACACAGCCUUCGAUGUGGCUGAGAAGUUCCUGGACAUCCCGAAGAUGUUGGACGCCGAAGACAUCGUCAACACGCCCAAACCGGACGAGAAGGCCAUCAUGACCUACGUGUCCUGCUUUUACCACGCCUUCGCCGGUGCCGAGCAGGUACGCUUUUGUCGCCGGGAACGGGUCGCGCGCCCGCGGGCCGCCACGUCUGACCGAUCCCGUCCGGCGCGGGCGGCCGAGACGGCCGCCAACCGUAUCUGCAAGGUGCUGGCGGUCAACCAGGAGAACGAGAAGCUGAUGGAAGAGUACGAGAAGCUGGCCAGCGAGCUUCUGGAGUGGAUCCGCCGCACCAUCCCCUGGCUGGAGAACCGCGUGGCCGAGCAGUCCAUGCGCGCCAUGCAGCAGAAGCUGGAGGACUUCCGCGACUACCGCCGCGUGCACAAACCGCCGCGGGUGCAGGAGAAGUGUCAGCUGGAGAUCAACUUCAACACCCUGCAGACCAAGCUCAGGCUCAGCAACAGACCCGCCUUCAUGCCCUCCGAGGGCAAGAUGGUGUCGGACAUCGCCAACGCCUGGAAGGGCCUGGAGCAGGUGGAGAAGGGCUACGAGGAGUGGCUGCUCACCGAGAUCCGGCGCCUCGAGAGGCUGGACCACCUCGCCGAGAAGUUCAAGCAGAAGUGCACCAUGCACGAGUCGUGGACCGCAGGCAAGGAGGACCUGCUCUCCAGGAAGGACUACGAGUCGGCGUCCCUGAUGGAGAUCCGAGCGCUGAUGAGGAAGCACGAGGCCUUCGAGAGCGACCUCGCCGCCCACCAGGACCGCGUGGAGCAGAUCGCCGCCAUCGCGCAGGAGCUCAACGAGCUGGACUACCACGACGCCGCCGUGGUCAACGCCCGCUGUCAGGGCAUCUGCGACCAGUGGGACAACCUGGGCACUCUGACCCAGAAGAGGCGCGACGCUCUGGAGCGCGUGGAGAAGCUGUGGGAGACCAUCGACCAGCUGUACCUGGAGUUUGCCAAGAGGGCGGCGCCCUUCAACAACUGGAUGGACGGCGCCAUGGAGGACCUGCAGGACAUGUUCAUCGUCCACAGCAUCGAGGAGAUCCAGAGUUUGAUCACCGCCCACGACCAGUUCAAGGCCACGCUGCCCGAGGCCGACAAGGAGCGCAUGGCCACCCUGGGCAUCCACACGGAGAUCGUGAAAAUCGCUCAGACGUACGGAAUCAAGCUGUCCGGCAUCAACCCCUACACCAACCUGACGCCCCAGGACAUCGGCACCAAAUGGGACACGGUCAAACACCUGGUGCCCCUCAGAGACCAAUUGCUGCAAGAGGAAGUGGCCCGACAGCAGGCCAACGAGCGGCUCAGGCGCCAAUUUGCCGCCCAAGCCAACAUCAUCGGACCUUGGAUACAAACCAAGAUGGAGGAAAUUAGCCACGUGUCUGUGGACAUCGCCGGCUCUCUGGAGGAUCAGAUGAACAGUCUGAAACAGUACGAGCAGAACAUCAUCAACUACAAGUCCAACAUUGACAAGCUGGAAGGCGACCACCAGCUGAGCCAGGAGUCGCUCAUCUUCGACAACAAGCACACCAACUACACCAUGGAGCACAUCCGUGUGGGUUGGGAGCAGCUCCUCACCACCAUUGCCAGAACCAUCAACGAGGUGGAGAACCAGAUCCUGACCCGUGACGCCAAGGGCAUCAGCCAGGAGCAGCUCAACGAGUUCAGGGCCUCCUUCAACCACUUUGACAGGAAAAGAAAUGGCAUGAUGGACCCAGACGACUUCCGCGCCUGCCUCAUCUCGAUGGGCUACGACCUGGGAGAGGUUGAGUUUGCCCGCAUCAUGACCCUGGUGGACCCCAACAACACUGGCGUGGUCACCUUCCAAGCCUUCAUUGACUUCAUGACCCGAGAAACUGCGGAGACCGACACCGCCGAGCAAGUCAUGGCCUCCUUCAAGAUUCUGGCCUCAGACAAGAACUACAUCACAGUGGAAGAACUCCGCCGCGAGCUUCCGCCCGAGCAGGCCGAGUACUGCAUCAGCCGCAUGACGCGCUACGUCGGCCCCGACAGCUCCGCCGGUGCCCUGGACUACAUCUCCUUCUCCAGCGCCCUCUACGGCGAGAGCGACCUGUGAGGCCCACCGGGAGGCGUGGCCACUCCAGCAACUUGUCUUUGUUGUGUAUCCCGUUUACACAAACACACACACACACACGCACGCACGCACACGCACACGCACACACACACACACACAAAUGCCCCACAGCGGGUCUGGAGGAGGGAUGAGAGCAGCGACGUGAUCAGAAGUCAAGUGUUGUGGGUAGCUCCAGGUGUAAAUAAAGCAGCACAGGGAAUGAUGACAAGUGGAUCCUCCUUUUUUUUUGUUGUUGUUUUUUUUUUUUUUGUGUGUGUGUGUUGGGAGUCUUAACGAGAUGUGGUUGGAAGGUUUCUGACGGGCUGAUGUGUGACCUUCGACUGUGCUCCCUCCUCCACCGCCCCCACUAAAAUCCACAUCAAAAGCUUUUGGAAACAACAAAACUUGAAAUAAAAACCUUGUCAGAUUUGAACCAUCACUGCA